AUGGAGGCACCGGGCUGCCCGACCUUCCCCCCUCCUCACCGGGCCGGACCCCUCCCGGGGCUCCCCCGUUCUCCCACCGCCUUCACCGUGACUCCACCGGGACUGCCUCCCCAGUACCCGCUGCCGCUCAGCCCCCGCCCGGCUCGCUGUCCACCGGACAAGGCAGAGCCUCGGUACUUGGGGGUCACCGGCCCGGGCCCCGUCGCCCUGCCCGUCCAUGGGAAGCCGUUCUGCCCGCCCGGGGCUGCAGGCAGCGAGAAGGGCUGCAAGGGAGGGUACCAGGCGAUGCCCGCAGCCUGCAGAGCCCCCUUGAAAGCGCCAGAGGAGCCGAGGUGCCCGCUGGCAGCGCCCGGCCUGCGGGCCCGGGGGGUGCCCGAGCUGCCCGAGCCCCUGGGCAAGAGCAAGAGCAAGAAGAGGAGGAACAGGACAACCUUCAGCACCUUCCAGCUGGAGGAGCUGGAGAAGGUCUUCCAGAAGACUCAUUACCCCGACGUCUACGCCCGGGAGCAGCUGGCACUCCGGACAGACCUCACCGAAGCCAGGGUGCAGGUGUGGUUCCAGAACCGCAGAGCCAAGUGGCGCAAGCGAGAACGCUUCGGGAAGAUCCAGGAGCUGCAGCACAACCUGUGGCCGAGCUCCGGCAGCCCCGGGGGGGUCCUGGCCGCCGAGAGCAUCGCCGCCCCCUGCCUGCCUCCCUACCCCGCCGCCCCCGGCGGCCUCCCCGGCUUCGUGGGCAUCCCGCCUUCCCCCGGCCCCCACCCCGCCGUCAGCAGCCUCUACCCCCUGCGCGGCCUCCCCCCGCCGGCCCUGGGCACCCCCAGCUUCGAGACCCCCCCCGACCACGACUACAAGCCCCCCGCCCUGGUGCCGCUGAGGGUGAAGAGCAAAGAGGCCAGCAGCAGCCUGCUGAAUUGGGCUACGUGA